AUGAAUUUCUUUUUUUUUUCUUUUCUGAAGGUCUUUUCUCAACAUGUCUCAUUCUUUCUGUCAUUGUCGAAUGUCCAUUAUCUCUUCUUCUUCUUCUUCUUCUUCUUCUUCUUCUUCUUCUUCUUCUUCUUCUUCUUCUUCUUCUUCUCCUCAUCCCCCUCCUCCUUCUUCUUCUUCUUCUUCUUCUCCUCCUCCUACUCGUCCUUCUUCUUCUUCUUCUUUAACCUCAUCUCGUUUAUUCCUCCUCUUUCUUCUUCUUCACUUGAUGAUUAUCUUAAUUCAUCAUUUCUUCUUCUUCUUCUUCUCCUUCUUCUUCUUCUUCUUCACUUGAUGAUUAUCUUAAUUCAUCAUUUCUUUUAUAUCUUUAUCUUCUUUUUUUUGCAUAUUUCCUCUUAUUCCAUCAUUAUCUCUUCUUUUUCUUUUUCUUUUGUUGCGCUACGAUUUCUUCUGUUUCUUCUUUCUUCUUAUUUUACCAUUUUUUUUCUUUGUCGUCGUUUUUCUUCUUCCUCCAUUAUUUUUCUUCUGCUUCUUUGUCUCCCUGUUCUGUCAUUUAUUUCUUCUUCUUCUUCUUUUCUCCUUUUCUUUUUUGUCUUCUAUCAUUUUGUUUUUUUCUUUUUUCCAUUUUUUUUUCUUCUUCAUUUUCUUCUUUUUUUUUUCUUCUUCUUUUUUCUUUUCUUCUUCUUCUUGAUGAUUAUCUUCUUCUUCUUCUUCUUCUUCUUCUUCUUCUAUUAUUAUUAUUAUUAUUAUUUCCCUUUUUGUCUUCUUUUCCUUUUCCUCCUUCUCCUUCUUCUCCAUUAUUUCUCUUUUGUCUUCUUCUUUUGUCUUUUCAUUAUUUCUCCAUUGUCUUCUUUUCUACUUCUUCCUCCCUCUUCCAUUUUCUUCUUCUUCUUUCUUCUUCUUCUUCUUCUUUCUUCUUCUUCUUCUUCUUCUUCCUCCUCUUCCAUUUUCUUCUUCUUCUUCUACUUCUUCCUCCUCUUCCAUUUUCUUCUUCUUCUUCUUCUAUUAUUUAUUCUUUGUCAUCUUUGUUCUACUAUUUCUUUUUCUUUAUUCCUCUUUCUUUUUCUUUUUUACUCUUCUAUUCUUUCUUUUCUUUUUUCUCCUCUGAUUCUACCAUUUUUCUUCUUCUGUUUUCAUUCACAUACUCUUUUUACUUCAACAUUUUUUUUCUUUUUUUCUUUUUCUUCUUCUUCUUGCUCUGCCAUUUCUUCUUUUUUUCAACUUUCUUUUGCUUACCCUUCUUUUGUUUUCUUUUUUUUUUUUUUUUAUUUUCUUUUUCUUUCUUUUUUCUUUUUUUUUUCUUUCUUUCUUUUUCUUUCUCCUCUUCUUUCCUUUUCUUCUUCUUCUUUUUAUGUGUUACCCUUUAUUUUCCUUCUUCCCAUUCCCCUUCUUUAUUAUUUUAUUCUUUGUCCCCCAUCAUCAUCAUCACAUCUUUUUGCACCACCACUUCGUCCCAUUCUUCUCAAUCGACCCCCCUAUUUUUCCUCCCCGCCUCUUUUUUUUUGUCCCUUUAUUCUCUGUAGUUUAUUGCUGGGAACAAACUCCCAAUCUGUAGUCUUAAAUGAAGAGAAUUCAUAA